AUCGUGGGCUGCUGUUAUCCCUUCGGGACUGGACGUCAUUUCUUGUCGUCCUCUCAACUACUACAAUUUUGGUUAUUCUGUUUCGCUGUGUGAAAUAUCAAAAUGGACAACAGUACAAAAUAUGAUAAUCCAAAUCCACGAAAAACGGCAAAUCCCCUCAGCAAAUUAGUUUUUUGGUGGCUGAAGCCAUUAUUUACGUAUGGAAAAAAUAACAAUCUGAAGGUAAAAGAUUUACAUAAUAUUCUACAACCCGAUCUCAGUGAGCCCCUCGGUGAUGCUUUAGAGAAGAACUGGAAAAAAGAGUUAGACCGCGCGCGUAAAGAAGAGAGAAAUCCGAAGUUAUUCACCGCCAUAAGGAAAACGUUUUUGUGGUCGUAUAUCUAUUAUGGUGCAUGGACAUUUUUAUGUACUUCUUUGAGGGUCUUACAACCUUACGUACUUGGUCUCCUUAUCAGCCACUUCGCUCGGUUUUCACCCAUCACAACAACCGAGGCAUACAUGUAUGCCUCAGGUGUCAUAAUAAUGGCUAUUCUAAUCGCACUUAUUGAUCAUCACGUGAACAUGGGACAAUUGGAAAUGGGAAUGCGACUACGAAUUGCAGCUUCGUCGUUAGUUUACAGAAAGAUUCUUAGACUCUCCCGAUACUCAGCAAAUAAAACAGCUGGAGGUCAAAUAAUUAAUCUUCUGUCAAACGACGUGGGGAGAUUUGACUCAGUAUUCGCAUUCCUCCAUUACAUCUGGAUAAUGCCAAUUCAAGGGGCAGCAAUAGCAUAUUUGAUCUGGCAAAAUGUUCAAAUAGCGACUUUAGCUGGUAUUUUCCUCAUUACCAUCCAAACAAUACCCCUUCAAGGCUAUUUGAGCAGAUUAACACUGAAACUGCGGGGAAAGAUAGCAGUCCGCACUGACGAACGCGUGCGCUUAAUGAGUGAAAUAAUCACUGGUAUCCAAGUGAUAAAAAUGUACACAUGGGAGAAACCUUUUCAAGAACUCGUGUCAUUUGCUAGAAAAAAAGAAAUUGACGUUCUGACUGUGAUAUCUUAUCUACGAGGCUUCAACCGAGCAACAUUUGUUUUCACUGAGCGUACGACCCUCUACUUCACAGUGAUGGCAUACGUCCUUCUCGGAAACACAAUAUCAGCUGAUAAAGUCUUCUCAAUGGCGCAGUAUUACAACCGCUUGCAGUGUACAAUGGCAAUUUACUUCCCAUUAGCUAUAACAUUUGCAUCUGAGGCUGCUGUUACGAUUAAACGUCUUCAAAAUUUCUUACUACUCGAAGAGAAUCAUCCACUUGCAAUCGAAACAUCACCAAUUGAAACAACGUCAAUAAAGAUGAAAGAGGUCACCGCCUCUUGGAACGAAGAUUCAAUUGUUAACACACUCCACAAUAUAAAUGUAACAGUGACGUGCGGGACACUGACUGCAGUAGUCGGCCCAGUUGGCUCCGGCAAAAGUUCUUUAUUGCAAUUAAUUCUCGGCGAACUACAUGCGAGUCAUGGCCAUGUUUCAGUCGGGGGAUCAGUGUCCUAUGCCAGUCAGGAGCCCUGGUUAUUUGCCGGAAGUGUGAGAAAUAAUAUAGUCUUUGGCCAGCCCUAUGAUGAAUUGAGAUAUCGUCAAGUGGUGCGUGCUUGCUCCUUGCUUAAGGACUUUGUCCAAUUACCGCAAGGUGAUAAAACGCUUGUUGGAGAGCGUGGUACAUCCCUCAGUGGUGGACAACGUGCACGAAUCAAUCUCGCUCGAGCGGUUUAUCGAAAGGCUGAUAUCUAUCUUUUUGAUGAUCCCUUGUCAGCUGUUGAUACACAUGUGGGUAGAAGUUUGUUCGAGGGAUGCUUCAAGGAAUAUUUAGCCAAUAAAACAAGAAUUUUAGUUACUCAUCAGGUGCAGUUUCUCAAGGAUGUUGAUGCUAUUAUUCUGCUGAACAAUGGAGUAAUUGAAAAACAGGGGAGUUACCAAGAUUUUCAACAAAAUGACUUCAAACUGUUGGAUGAUCCUGAAUCCAAUGAAGAAGAGGAAAAACAAGUGGGCGAUGGAGAGUUGAGUCCAGUGUCGGAACUGUCUUACUUCUCAGGUGGAAACGAUGAACCUGAAAAGGAGCCUGAGGAGACUGAAGAGUUGAUGGCUAACGGGGAGGUAUCGUCUUCAUUGUUCUGGCAGUAUUUCAGAGCUGGUGGCAGUUAUUUUGUUCUCUGUGUCUUCUUUUUGCUCAUGAUUUUGGGGCAGUUAGGAAGCAGCGGCUCUGAUUACUGGGUCGCUUAUUGGACCAAUCAGGAGGAAUUGAAAAGUACUUUGAUGAAUUAUUCCUCAAAGAUUGAUGGAAAAGAUGGAUUUAGUAUGGUUAAUGGUACACUAGGUGCAAGGUAUAAUAUGAGUAAUUGGGAAAUUCCAUCCGAUGUAAUAGCAAACUCAACAUUUCCUGAAUACCCCGAGCAUUAUUAUGACAGAGAUACAGCGCUUUGGAUCUAUGGGGUCUUCAUAGCUGGAUGUGUCAUCUUUACCACAGCGAGAAACGUAAUGUUCUACAAAAUUUGUAUGAAUGCGAGUAAAAACCUCCACAACCUUAUGUUCUCGUGCUUGCUCAAGGCUCCAAUGAGAUUCUUCAAUACUAAUCCCUCAGGUCGUAUUCUCAACCGAUUUGCUAAAGACAUUGGCUGUGUUGAUGAGCUUCUCCCAAUGGCCCUAAUAGACGCAAUCCAGAUAUUCGCUGUAAUGGUUGGAAUCUUAGCUCAAGUUCUCAUCAUCAAUUGGUGGACAAUAUUUCCAAUGAUAAUAAUGGGCUUCUUCUACUGGAAAAUAAGAACGCUAUACUUGGCAACUGCGCAGGAUAUAAAACGAUUGGAAGGCAUCACAAAGAGUCCGGUGUAUUCGCACGUUAAUGCAUCAUUGGCGGGACUGGCGACAAUUCGAUCCGCUAAGGGACAGGAAAUGUUGAAAAAGGAAUUCGAUUGUCAUCAGGACGUUCAUACCGCUGCUAACUCACUGCUGAUCUCAACAAGUACGGCUUUUGGACUUUGGCUAGAUGCAGUCACCGUCGCUUUCGUUGCGUUUAUUACUUACAGCUUCAUUGUUCUAAAGAACGAAGGAACAUUUGCUGGAAAUGUUGGUCUGGCUAUAUCACAAAUUUUGAUUCUUUGUGGCAUGCUUCAACAUGGAAUGCGUCAGACCGCAGAAAUGGUUGCACAGAUGACGUCAGUUGAGCGAGUACUACAAUUCACCCAGCUGGAUAAGGAAGGUCCAUUUGAGAGUGAAAUUAAUUCAAAACCUUCCUCAAAUUGGCCGACUCAAGGACACAUUAAAUUUGAUCACGUUUACUUGAGAUAUUCAGAGCAAGACCCACCUGUUCUUAAGGAUUUGAAUAUCGUUAUUGAGCCUGGCAUGAAGGUGGGAAUUGUAGGUCGCACUGGAGCAGGAAAAUCUUCGCUCAUCUCUGCGCUCUUCAACCUAGCAAAACUCGAAGGGAUCAUUUACAUCGACAGAAUCGAUACCAAAAGCAUCGGCCUACAUGACUUAAGGAGUAUUAUCUCUAUCAUACCUCAGGAACCAAUGCUAUUUUCAGCUACACUCCGUGACAAUCUUGAUCCCUUCCACCAGUUCAAGGACGAUGCGCUCUGGGCUGCAUUGGAAGAAGUGGAGCUGAAGAGUAGCUGUCAAUCCCUGGAUGAUGUAGUUACUCAAGGAGGGACCAAUUUCAGUGCUGGUCAACGCCAACUGCUCUGCCUAGCCCGAGCCAUUGCCAGAAAUAAUAAAAUUCUCGUGCUAGACGAGGCAACAGCCAAUGUUGAUCCAGCCACUGAUACCCUCAUCCAGCGAACAAUUCGCGAAAAAUUCAGAGACUGCACAGUUUUAACAAUUGCACAUAGACUGAAUACCGUUAUGGACAGUGAUAAAAUUCUCGUAAUGGAACACGGCCAAGCUGUGGAAUUUGAUAGGCCUCAUAUAUUGUUACAAAAGAACGAUGGAUACUUAACAAAAAUGGCUAAUGAGACUGGUGCCUCAAUGAGUAAUAAUCUGAAGAGAAUAGCUGAAAAAACUUAUAAUCAAAAGCAUUCUAAACUUAAUGAUGAGGAUGCUUCGCAGAAUCAACCCAAUGGUGUCUGUAAAACUUAAUUUUAAUGAUUCUGGAAAGUACUGAAUAUCCAAUGAAAGGGAAGCAUAUUCAUAAGAAUUUUUUGAUUUGCUACACAACCAUGACAUUUGUGGCUGGACUACUUAAGCAAUUACUCUAAAAAGACAAUAACACGAAGGCAUCACUAUUAUUAUUUUAUUCAAAUACAAUGAAAGGAAUAUGCAUUAUAUAUACCAUGAA